CACUCCCUGCUCCUCUCUGAGCUCGAGCCUCUCUUCCCCCUCUCUGCCUUCACUAGUUCUCCUCCCGAAACCUGCGUGAGGCGGCCACUGAAGCGCGAGCCGAUUCCCCCCUCUCCCCUGCCUGCACUUGAGUCAACAUGGCUACAGUUGUAACCUCGACCAGAUUCACAGACGAAUAUCAGCUGUACGAGGAACUCGGAAAGGGUGCCUUCUCAGUCGUCCGCAGAUGCGUCAAGAAGUCCACCGGCCAGGAGUAUGCUGCUAAAAUUAUCAACACAAAAAAGCUCUCAGCCAGAGAUCACCAGAAACUGGAGCGGGAGGCAAGAAUCUGUCGUCUGCUGAAACAUCCAAACAUAGUACGACUCCAUGACAGCAUCUCGGAGGAAGGCUUCCAUUACCUUGUCUUUGACCUCGUCACUGGAGGAGAGCUGUUCGAGGACAUUGUUGCUAGAGAGUAUUACAGCGAGGCAGAUGCCAGCCACUGCAUCAAUCAGAUCCUGGAGAGCGUCAGUCACAUCCACCAGCAUGACAUUGUGCACAGGGAUCUCAAGCCAGAGAAUCUGCUCCUUGCCAGUAAGAUGAAGGGAGCAGCGGUGAAGCUUGCAGAUUUCGGUCUAGCCAUCGAGGUGCAGGGGGACCAACAGGCAUGGUUUGGUUUUGCAGGAACUCCAGGAUAUCUGUCCCCAGAAGUGUUGAGAAAGGAUCCAUACGGCAAGCCAGUGGACAUAUGGGCAUGUGGUGUGAUCCUGUACAUCUUGUUGGUGGGCUACCCUCCCUUCUGGGACGAGGACCAACACAAACUGUACCAACAAAUCAAGGCCGGUGCAUAUGAUUUUCCUUCUCCAGAGUGGGACACAGUGACCCCCGAGGCCAAGAAUCUGAUCAAUCAGAUGUUAACGAUUAACCCUGCCAAAAGGAUCACAGCCGACCAGGCCCUCAAGCAUCCCUGGGUCUGCCAACGCUCCACUGUGGCCUCCAUGAUGCACCGUCAAGAGACUGUGGAGUGUCUGCGCAAGUUCAACGCGAGGAGGAAACUUAAAGGAGCCAUCCUCACAACAAUGCUGGUGUCCAGGAACUUUUCAGUGGGACGGCAGCAUACCAGCCCUGCCGCUACCACCAGCACGGCCGCAAUGGCACAGGAAGCAUGCAAAACUUUACUAAACAAAAAGUCGGACGGUGUGAAGUCGCAGGGAACCAACAGUAAAAACAGUGUAGUAAGCAGCAGCAGCACCAAAGACAGCAGCAUGUCAUCUUCAGCACCAAUGGAAGCCCAGACAACUGUUGUACACAACCCAGCUGAUGGCACCAAGGGCUCCACAGAGAGCUGUAAUAACACAGAAGAGGAGGAGAUGAAAGGUAGGAAAGUGGCUGCCUCUGAGUCUGCUGGUACAGACAGUGGAGUGUUAAGCGAGUGCAGCGCUACUGAGGAACAGACCCAGACCCUGUCUCCUCACUGCCCUCCACCCACCUCUGGUCCCCUGCAGGAGGCUACUAGCAGCCCCAGUGUCCUUCAGACCAGUCCAGCUCAGAGCUCCCGUCCUGAACCAGAGUCCGCUCUGUCACCUCCCGCAGGCAGCAGCCGCAACCUGCUGCAGACUCGUAAACAGGAGAUUAUAAAGAUGACAGAGCAGCUGAUUGAAGCCAUCAACAACGGGGAUUUCGAGGCUUACACGAGAAUCUGUGACCCUGGACUGACUUCCUUUGAGCCAGAGGCUCUUGGAAACCUGGUGGAGGGCAUGGACUUUCACAAGUUCUACUUUGAGAAUCUGCUGAGUAAAAACAGCAAGCCUGUGCACACCACCAUCCUCAAUCCCCACGUCCAUCUAAUCGGUGAGGAUGCUGCCUGCAUUGCCUACAUCCGCCUGACGCAGUACAUGGACAGCCAGGGCCGGCCGCGCUCCUGUCAGUCGGAGGAGACGCGCGUGUGGCACCGCCGCGAUGCCAAAUGGCUCAACGUGCACUUCCACUGUUCAGGAGCACCGGCUGCACCACUGCAGUGAACUGACAACCCAGGCCCAGCUUUGCCUGAACUCUAAAGCUGUUUGGAGCAUUUAUCCUCCGUGGUCGGAUUGGUGCCUGGAUCCUGGCCGGGAAGAGGCUGCUUGGAAAGUUGUAAAAACACAAAAGUGGGGAAAAUACAUCAUAAAUUAAAAAGAAAAAACAAACAAACAAAAAAAAUGCAUAUUUCAAAAGCUUGACUGAAUGACCGACCACACCGACCAACACCAAUCCAGUCCUACCCUAGCUAGGUGAUGUUGGGGCCCGGCUGACGUCAGCCGCCUUUUGCAGAUGGUGCAUGUUUCUGGUGGCGACACAGGGUGAUGCUGUCCUGGUUCUCGUCUCCCAUGGCCUUUAUUUCCCUGUCUUUGUUUUGUCUGCUGUCUGGAAAAGUAUUAAACAUGUUAAAAAUAUAUAUUUAACAGAAAAAACACUUCACACACAGUGAAUAGAACUGGGGAGGAAAAAUGUGAUUUCUUUUUGUUGUCUUCAGAGAGCAGCAGAAGGUCUACUUUAGCAGAAGAUUGUUUUACAGUUACAGGUAUAUGUGGGAUGGGUUUAUGGGAACGGAGCAAAUAAUAUCUACGUAAUAUCAGAGUUUAACAAGUGUCAGGUCUGAGCAUCUGCACACACACAAUGUUUCAAAGGGGUUUAGGGAUCGUGAUUGGUUACUGAAGGGACCUUUAUUUUUAUUUGUGUUUUUGUAUUAUGUGUUACAAGCCGUUUUUAUCUGAAUGAUGUAUUUUAAAGUAUUUUGUGUUAAAAAAGGAUAAUUUUUAAUCAGAAGGGGGAUUUUAUUUAAUAGAACUGUGUAUAAAUAGAUAUUUAUAUAGGAGAAAAGGGGAAACAUGAUUUACUUUCAGGGUGUAGGGAGGAGAGUUCAGCAUGAGCGGGUGAUUUUUUUUUUUUUUCUGCUUUGAGGUCCCGAGUUGUAAAUAUAGAAAACACACCGUGCAUGCACACACACACACUCACACACUCAAGGUCCCUGUGCUCCAGCCUGUCGGGUUGAGCCUCUCUUGAGCUUUAGACAUGACAAACAUCCAGGCCAGCUCAUCCUGAAGUUGCAGAAGGCCUCCACCUGUCUGCCCUGCAGUGUUUGAACACUGAGAGGCGCUGUCGCUCACAGUCUAAAGCUCCUCACAUCUCUGAACUACCUAAUCAAAGCUCGGACGCUCUCUCACGGCAACUUCUUCCUUUUAUCUGUUUUUGUGUAUUUUUGACGUGAAGCAUGAAUAUUGAACUGUCUAAUGGCCUGUACUGUUUUUGCACAGACACUUAUGACUCGAUGCUGUUGUGUUCGCUCUUUAUGAGGGAGUGAACCUUUCUGCAACUUCAGGUUACGCUCGCCAAAUCCCUUCUCGUCCACCCUACCUCUGCCCUCCUACUUCCAUCAUUCCUGCCUCUUAUACUCGCCCCAUUACUGUCCUAGUAGCUCCACGCCGUGUGAUGAUGAUGAUGUCACCCUUAUGCCUGUCUCUUGUUCUGAUUGUGUUCUUAAAAUUUGUAUGUCGUCCGUCUUGGCUUGCUGUACUUCUGUGUGAAGUCCUGGCACUAUUAAAAAAGCAUGUUAAAAAGGGAAUGCAGCCAAGGUGUUGGACCAAAAAAAAAAAAAGGCAUGAUGGGAAGAGGGCUAUGCCGGCUGGAGGGCUGUGGGACCUUCGCUGAUGGCAAUCAAUGUACUUGGUCUCUCUGUCACAGUUUCUGUUGUAAGUGUCGUAGUCGUUAGUGUUUUGAUGUUUUUAUCAAUCAUUUUAGCCAGAGCUAUAAAAAAUGAGGGGUUGAAAUGAUCUGAGGCUGAGACUGCCACAACCCUGUUUUUGUACUGUCCCCGUUCCCCCUCACACACUGAUCAACACACACUGAAUGCUGACUAAAACACACACACUUCUGUCUAAUAAUAUUGGAACUCACAGCGUCAUAUAAGCACACGAGAUUCUCCCUUUAAAGAGGACGAAACAUAUCUCUGUGUCAGUGGUUAAACUUUGCAGCACUGUUUUUUCACUGUGUCGUAAAAACUUUGUGAGUGUGUGUGACUUUGUACCAGCGGAGGGGUGUCCCGUCUCUGUGCUACGCUGCUCCAUAGUAACUCAUGCUCUACUUAGGCUGUUGCUGGUGGUCAUGACGAUGCUUCAGAUCAUCACAUAAGGUGUCUACGUACGUGCACUGACGCAGUCCAACAGAUUUUUAAAAAACGUGACUCAUGUGAGACCCGUCCUACUGUAUCAACCGCCUGUGCUUCUCUCUGAGUGCUGUGACAUAUCUGACAUGCCAUGAAAACUGUGUCUCCCCCUACACACACACACACGUACACUUUUGCACCACCACGACAAUGCGUUGUAAAACCAUUACUGAAACUAUGUGAUGUUUUUUAUGGCUCUUAGUAGAUCUGUUUGUGCUGUGGGCACCGGCCCAGUUGUCUGUUGAUGCCACCGAUCUGACAAGAUGCUUUUCUUUCAUUGUGUAUUUUCGCAGUCAUGGGGCUGUUUCAGUGGAAACUAAGACAGUUGAACUUUACAGGUGAGCUUAAAGAAAGGGGAACUGAUCUGAGGGAACAACUAGCUGCAGUCAGUUUGCCGAAGUAUUUGGACAGCUGGAUCAAGUUGAAAUUUGCAUUUUGGAUCGAUUGAUAUGAAGCCACAAUAUUCCUUCACAGCAGAUUUAACACACAAAGCACAGGUGUAAACAGUGACAUAAAUAAAUGCUGCAUCUCCUUAAGUUGUUCCAGCUCCACUGUCCUGGUAUCGCUCUCUAGAAUGGCUUUCUGGGACACUAAAGGGACAGUUCACCCAACAAUAAAAAAAGGCACAUCUUUCCUCUUAA